UUUCUUCUAUAAAAUUAUUAGGCUAAUCUAACAUUAGAAUUCAGACAUAACCAUUUUUCACUCCACCAGUACGAGGCUAGCAGAAGCAAUAAAUUCCUGGUAAGAUGGCAGGGUUUAAAGUAGCUUCAAAAAUUAAAGAAUUGAGAUUUUUGAUGUGCCAAACAUCAAAAACAAGUGAAGGAGCAAGGAAUUUUAUUAAUGAUCAUUACAUCAGUUUAAAAAAAGCAAAUCCUAAACUUCCCAUCCUGGUAAGAGAAUGUUCAAACAUUGAUCCAAAGCUUUAUGUUCGAGCCUUGUACGGCAAAGAAUCAUGCAUUCCCUUAGCAAACAUGAAUGUAAAUGAUAUUAUAGAAAAUCUACGUAAAGCUGCCACAUGAUAGUUUAUUAAUUAAUGAUAAAGUAUGUACUAUUAUUUAUUUAGUUUUCAAAUUAAAUAAAAUAGCUUGUUUACAAUUAAUUGGGAUCAAUUAAUAUAACUUGUUUCAUUUAAAACAAAAGCAACAUUUUUUUUAAAUUGUUUAUUUUAUAGUUCAAUCAAUAGAGAAAAAAAGUGAUCAUUUUAAACAAAAAUUGAGAAAUGCAAAAAUCUGAUGAAAAUGUGUCAGGUAUAAUUUAAGCAUAUAACCUAUGUAAAAUACAAUUCGAGAUUUUUCAUAAGUUUUUUUAUAAGAGGUCAAAAUUUGCAAGAACAAGUUUUUCAAGUCUGCAAGCUAAGGUAUACAUUUUAAAUGAAAAUGUUUCAGAUAUAAGUUCUAAAGAAAUGAAAAAGGAUAUAAUUAGAGCCGUCGGGCGAUUUUCUUUCGUUAGUUAUUGCAAAAAGUACCAAUAACCUUCGAAAAUGGCUACUUUUAAUAUAUGGAAUAUGUAUUGCAAAUAAGUUACGUUUUUUAUAAUUUUUAAUACUUUUAAAAAAAAGUUUUUAUGAAUCGAAACAUGAUACCUCGUACGAUUCAAUGUUAAUUAGCUGCUGAAAUAUUAUAAUUAUUUAACUAUAAGAGGUGACUAAAGUACGUAGCUGUAUUUUUAGUUGUCGAAGUUAUUGAGUUGUUGAAACAUUAAUGUUUAUAUUUUAUUACUGGCAAAUGAAAACAUUAAAUUUCAUUCCCUUAUUUUAAGCUUGAAAAAAAUUAAUGUUUUUUUACGUUAUACAUAAAUAUGUUUGCGAUUUCCCUAUAUAUUGUAGAAAUUAGUAACUUAACAAUUAAUGCAUUAUUGUCGUAUAAUGCAAUAUUAUUUAUUAUAUAAAGAAAUAUCGUUUAAUUUUUCUGAACGCAUCAGUUUGAACGCGCGAUUUCAAUUUUUUCGAGCGCCAGAAAGUGGGCGGGUUAAGUCACCCCAUCAUUGCACCUGUCCCUUGACUUUAUUUGAAACCUAUAUUUAUAAGUAAAAAAGAGUUAAAAUUUAGGAAAUAUUGCGAAAAUUUAAAAAAAAAAGCUUAAUUCUUGAAAUAUCAAAUGCCGCUGCAUUGAUCAUUAUCGUAAUUUUUGCAAAAACUGUGCGAAAUAAAAAUUUUUGUUUUUUAAAUUUCUGUCGUAACCCUACCCCAACUAUCAAGUGAACUAUCUUGCAACUCAAUCCCUUCAACCAGAAAAAAAUUACAGCUACGUAUUUUAACCACUUCUUAGUUAACUAAUUAGAACAUUUCAGCAACUAAUUAACAUAUUCAACCGCACGAGGGAUUAUUUUGUUUAAAAUCAUGAGCUUCCUCUUAACAACAUUAAAAAUAGAAAAAAAGUAAUUUUUAUAAUAAAUAUUCCGUAUGUUACAAUUGGCCAUUUUCGAGGGUCAUUGGUAAUUUUUGCAAUAACUAAAGAACAGAAAUAAUCAUACGACGGCUCCAAUUGUACUUUUAUCAUGUUUCUCUACAACAUAUCUGAAACGUAUUCAUCCAAAAUGUAUGUAUAUUGUAGCUUGCAAAUUUGAAAAACCUAUUUUUACAAACUUCAAUCUCUUAUAAAAAAAAUAAUACGAAAUCUCGAAUUUCAUUUUAUGUCGUCUAGUUACAUUAUUCCUAACAUAUUUUCAUCAUAUUUUUUAAUCCCUUAAUUUUUGCAUAAAA